AUGGCCACCUGCGUGCACUCCCCACCCACACAAACCCAGGGCUUCAAAUGCCGUCUCUCUAAUUUCCGCCGCACAAAUGCCCCCCAAACCCUAGACGAAGCACAGAUCCACGAUUUAUGGCUCCGGAUGCAGAACGAGGCGAGGUCGGACAUCGAUCAAGAACCAAUUUUGUGCGAUUUCUAUUUCACCUCAAUCUUGUCCCACCAAUCCAUGGAGUCCGCCCUGGCCAGCUAUCUCGCCAUGAAAUUGAGCGAUUCUAGCCUUCCUAGUGGCUCCCUCUGCGACCUUAUCCUGGGGGUGCUCACGGAGAACCAGGAAAUCAUGAGGGCCGUCGCCACUGACCUGACGGCCGUCAAAGAAAGGGACCCAGCCUGCAUCAGCUACGUCCACUGUUUCUUGAACUUCAAAGGCUUCCUGGCUAUUCAGUCCCAUAGGAUCGCACAUAGCCUGUGGUCCAAAGGUAGGACAAUUUUGGCCCUCUUGAUACAGAAUAGGGUUUCAGAAGUUUUUGCUGUGGACAUUCACCCUGGGGCCAGAAUCGGGGCAGGGAUUCUGCUCGAUCACGCCACGGGUGUUGUGAUUGGGGAGACUGCUGUUAUUGGUAACAACGUCUCGAUUUUGCAUAAUGUGACUUUGGGUGGGACCGGGAAGGCCUCGGGCGACCGGCACCCGAAGAUUGGGGAUGGUGUGUUGAUCGGUGCUGGGACUUGUGUUUUGGGCAAUGUUAGGAUUGGGGAAGGAGCCAAGAUUGGUGCUUGUUCUGUGGUUUUGAAAGGGGUGCCAGCUAGGACGACUGCUGUAGGGAACCCGGCUCGGCUGAUUGGGGGUAAAGAGAAUCCGGUGAGGCUUGAUAGGAUGCCUAGCCUCACAAUGGACCAGACGUCCCAUAUAAUCGAGUGGUCGGAUUAUGUUAUAUAG